GCGAACUGAAGACAAUUGUUCUUCCCAAGUUCCUGGAUCAUGCGAGGAAAGCCGUCCCUGAGAAUAGCAACCCUGGUGAAGCUAUUUCUACAGCCAGGGGGUGUUUAGAGAGAUGGUUUUUAUAGACUCCAGGAAUAGCUAUACAGUCUGUGCGUUGGAGGAAAGGGGGGUUGGGGGGGGAGCAGCAGCUCAGAAACUGUCAUUGUCCUUGCAGGGGGAGUGCCGGGUUGCUGCAGGUUCCAUUCCCUGGGGUAGGCGGUUUCUGUGUCCUUCUCUGUCCCAGGGCAGGGGGCUGGAGUCCCUUAAAGGGUUCAGCCUUGCCUAGGUAGAAGGUUGACUGUUUGGGUUUUUUCCCCUUUCUUUUUUGGUACCUUCCUGCCCUGGGAUGAUUUUGCCUGGGCUCUGGCUCCUCCGCCCCUCCACGCUUGCUCCAGCCAAAGGUUAUUGAAUGAAAAGUCUCUUUUCUUCUUGGCUGCAAUUCCGCCUCUGCAAACAAGGCGAUUCCUGUGCAGGAGGGGGUGGGAAGCUGCUUCUCUACCUUGGAAAAGCAGGGUUUUCCCCCCCCCCUUCUCCCGAAGAGGCACAGAACCCUGAGCGAGAAGCCGUGCCUGGGAGCUGCCUUUGCAUCGAAAGGUAAGAUGUUGCAAUGCUGGCGGUUCCACAAUGGAGUGGGUUUGAAAGGCAGCACCUGCUGAUACGGUCCUGGGCGGAGGGUGUGCAGCUUGCCUGUGGUCCGCAACGGGCACUCUUGUCCCUGCUCCAGCCUCAGCCAGGCACCUGUGGUUUGCCAUGGGGCAACUCCUGCUGCAGCUGGUCUAGCAAAGAGGAGAGGAAACCUUAAGCUCACAGCAGUCCUUUCUCUGCUCCCUCAUUGUCCUUUAGAUACUGGACCCCGGCAACUUGUGGGAGGGGGCCAAGGGGGUGUGUCUUGUGGCUGCGGCAUGCCGAAAGGGACCCUCUUAUAAGUGUCGUUUCUGCUGAGGGUGUCCCCCAAAGGGACCCCUUUCGCAGUAUCGCUCCUGGCCAUUGUGCACUUGACCCUUUGGGUGCUCUCUGAGUGCCUCUGCUGGAUCCAGGGUGGCACACACUGAAACUCAGCCCCAGGCACUGCCUUCAGUUCCUGAAAAGGUGCAAGUGAGCUUGUAUUAAUCCUUUUGCAUAAAGUGUGGUCCUGUAAAUGGAGGAUCCCCUUACAGCGUCUUUUCGAGACUGUCUCUGAAUGACAAGUGGGAGGCGGUGCGAGCAGGCAGGGAAGAAAUGGAUCUGGAUGCCUGGCUCUUCGAUGGGCUCAUUGCGUGGCCUUGAACAAACUGUCAUCUGGUGGGACUUGCUUGUUCAUCUGUAAAAUGGGCAUCACAGUGAUCUUAUGGGGUGGCUGUAAGGGAAAGCAGCAUAACAAUUGUAAGCCUCCUGCGCUGUUUUUAACAACACAUAAAUCAUUUCACUAGCUGACUGGCUAGUGGGUUGCAGGGUGCCUCUGGAACAGUUGUGUCUGUUCGGGGGGGAUAGCAUCAACUGGGUGCUUCUGAGCAACCAAGUUGCGUGUUGUGGCUCCACAGUAAACCAGAAGGCCUAAAGAAGGCUUAUGGGCAUUAUUUGUAACUUUUGGGAUCAGAAGGCCUUUUCAAACUUUUGUUGCUUUUGAACCUAAAUGGCUCGCUGUUUAGACAAGUUCACUGAGACUGUGUGGAGGGCCAAGGAAAGGCCUAGAUGAGCAAUGGGGAGACGGGGGAUUAGGAAGGCCUGGGGGGAAAGUAGCUCCUCAAACUGUCAGCCUCUCAAAGGCCCCCUAUUUAAAAAAUAACACUUGCUUUGGAUGGUGGAAGGUAUUGAAAGGGAUGCUUGUGAGGCUUGGCAAGGGAAAGGAAAUGAAGGACAGGCCUACUUUUCCAACCAGCCUCGCCCAAGGAAGCUGAAGGUCCAAGAGGGUUUUGUGCUGCAAAGAGAUUUGGAGGCCUCUUGAGAAGCACCCUUGCAAAACUUAAAAAUCACUCCCAGGAUUCUUUGGGGGGAAGUCAUGGGACUUGCCCUGUGUUUGCUUUUGCUUGUGGGCACAGCUGUGGGGUCUAAAGAGAUCACUGAGAGUGAGGCAAGGCUCAGCUCUGGCCUCUCUCCUGAAAGCCCUGCAGUUUGCCCCCUCCCAUCUGAUGUUCCUCAGCCCCUGGCAGUGCCCACCCCUUGCCUCAUGUUCCCCUCCCAGACACAGGCUUUCUGGGGCAGGACCAGACCAGGUAGCUUCCACCUCUCUGGCAUUUUACACCAAGAGCUUUAGAAGCCAGGCCAGCCAUUUCCUAACUAUGCCAGUGAGGCUCUCCACAGCCCUGCGUGUUUUUGGGACCAGCCUCUUUGCUGUGGUGGUGCUGGGGGGCAUCCUCGCUGCCUACGUCACGGGCUACCAGUUCAUCCACACCGAGAAGCACUACCUCUCCUUUGGGCUCUAUGGUGCCAUCCUGGGCCUCCACCUCUUCAUCCAGAGCCUCUUUGCCUUCCUGGAGCACCGGCAGAUGCGUCUGGAGGGCCGGCCCCUGAAGCUGCGCUCCUCGGUGGCCCUCUGCAUCGCCGCCUACCAGGAGGACCCCGACUACCUGCGCAAAUGCCUGCGCUCCAUCCAGCGCAUCUCCUUCCCCAACCUCAAGGUCGUCAUGGUGGUGGACGGCAACGGGGAGGACGAUGUUUACAUGCUGGACAUCUUCAACGAGGUGAUGGGCUCCGACCGGACAGGCUGCUACGUGUGGAAGAGCAACUUCCACGCCCGGGGGAAGGGCGAGUCGGAGGCUGGCCGCCACAGGGCCAUGCGCCACAUCCAGAGCCUCGUCCGGCACAAUACCUAUACCUGCAUCAUGCAGAAGUGGGGCGGGAAGCGCGAGGUGAUGUACACGGCCUUCUGUGCCCUUGGAGACUCUGUCGACUACGUGCAGGUGUGUGACUCUGACACAGUCCUCGAUCCAGCCUGCACAGUGGAGAUGCUGCGCAUCAUGGAGGAGGAUCCUCGUGUCGGUGGAGUUGGCGGGGAUGUCCAGAUCCUGAACAAGUACGACUCGUGGAUCUCCUUCCUUAGCAGCGUGCGCUACUGGAUGGCCUUCAAUGUGGAGCGGGCCUGCCAGUCCUACUUUGGCUGCGUCCAGUGCAUCAGCGGCCCCUUGGGCAUGUACCGCAACGCCCUGCUGCAGCAGUUCCUGGAGGACUGGUACAACCAGACGUUCCUGGGCAGCAAGUGCAGCUUUGGGGACGACCGCCACCUCACCAACCGGGUCCUGAGCCUGGGCUACCGGACUAAGUACACGGCCCGCUCCAAGUGCCUGACCGAGACGCCCACCAGGUACCUCCGCUGGCUCAACCAGCAGACGCGCUGGAGCAAGUCCUACUUCCGGGAGUGGCUCUACAAUGCCCUCUGGUUCCACAAGCAUCACCUGUGGAUGACCUAUGAGUCGGUGGUGACGGGCUUCUUCCCCUUCUUCCUCAUCGCCACCGUCAUCCAGCUCUUUUACCGCGGGCGCGUCUGGAACAUCCUCCUCUUCCUUCUGACGGUGCAGCUGGUGGGCGUCAUCAAGGCCACCUACGCCUGCUUCCUGCGCGGCAACGUCGAGAUGAUCUUCAUGUCCCUCUACUCCCUGCUGUACAUGUCCAGCCUCCUGCCGGCCAAGAUGUUCGCCAUCGCCACCAUCACCAAGUCCGGCUGGGGCACCUCCGGCCGCAAGACCAUCGUGGUCAACUUCAUCGGCCUCAUCCCAGUCUCCGUCUGGGUGGCAGUGCUGCUGGGGGGGCUGGCCUACACUGCCUACCACCAGGACCUCUUCACAGACACAGAACUGGUCUUCCUCAUCUCGGGAGCCAUCCUCUAUGCCUGCUACUGGGUGGCGCUGCUCGCCCUUUACCUGGCAAUCGUGGCCCGGCGCUGCAGCAAGCCCCAGGAGGAGUACAGCUUGGCGUUUGCGGAGGUGUGA